UCCACCAAGCAGAUACAUCCGUGACAUGGAAAACCCUAUGGAGGUUUACAAUGAUGCACAGUUUAAAAAGAGAUACCGAUUUAGAAAGGAUAUUGUACACGAUAUAAUACUACCCAUGAUAGGACAGCAGGAGCCAAUUACGAAUAGAGGAUUGCCUGUGCCUUUUCUGAUGAGUGUUUUGUUAACACUACGUUUUUAUGCAACCGGUAGUUUACAGAUUGUGUGUGGUGACCUUAGAAGACUUCAUCAGGCCACCGUAAGUCGAGUAGUAAGGAGGAUUACCGACAGAAUUUCGACACAAAGUCGAAAUUUCAUCAAAUUUCCUCGUGUUGGGGAGGAACUCCAGGAGGUUUACAGAAAAUUUAACAGAAUUGCAAAUUUUCCAAACGUAACAGGAUGCAUUGACUGUACUCACGUCCCUAUAAAAAACCCAGGGGGACCCCAUGCAGAACUCUUUCGCAACAGAAAACGCACAUUUUCGAUUAAUGUCCAAGUAGUAGGUGGACCGAAUUUGGAGAUUUACAAUAUUGUCGCUCGGUAUCCAGGAAGUUACCACGACAGUCACAUUUUUAAUAGGAGUUCUGUUAAAGGUAUGUUUCAGAGAAGAGAACUCCCUGGGUAUUUAUUGGGAGACGGAGGAUAUCCUUGUUUACCGUAUCUGUUGACUCCAUUUCGGCAACCGCGUACACCGAGGGAAAUACGAUACAGCCGAGCACACAUAAGGACGAGAAAUACUGUGGAACGACUGUUCGGUGUCCUAAAACGCAAAUUCUCAUGUUUGUCCAAAAAACUGGGUAACAAAAUAGAGACGUCUUGCUCUAUUAUUGUGGCAUGUGCAAUCUUGUAUAAUAUAGCAAUUAUUCAUCAGCGUGAUGUUAUUGACGAUUUGGAUGAUAUGAAUGUUGAUAUACAUAAUGAUGAUAUAGACGUACCUAUGCCCGUACCCAAACGAUGGUUUAGGUAAUUUAUUUAGACAAAAUGUUGUAAAUAAUUAUUUUAACUAGAACAUUUAAUUCUAGUGAAUUA